AUGAGACCUACGCAACCUACAUCUUCAAAACGCAAAAUCGUCAUCUUCUCCGACUUCGAUGGCACAAUAUGCAUGCAAGAUACAGGCCACAUCCUCGUCGAUGCCCACGGCUUCGGAGCGGAAGCCAGAGAAAGACUCGAGGCACAGAUGAAGUCAGGAGCCAGGACCUUCCGCGACGCCUCGGAAGAAAUGUGGGCAUCUCUCCACGUCCCCUUUGACGAUGGCUUCGUCCUCAUGGAGAAGAGUAUCGAAAUGGACCCUGGCUUCAAGGAAUUUCACCAAUACUGCACGGCCAAUGGCUUCCCCUUCAACGUAAUUAGUGCCGGGCUAAAACCGAUCCUACGUCGAGUUCUGGAUAUGGCCCUCGGUGAAAAACAGUCCUCCGAAAUCGAAAUCGUUGCCAACGACGCGACAAUCUCACAAGACGGCCAGUCCUGGAAACCAAUCUGGCGCCACGACUCCAUCCAAGGCCACGACAAAGACGUCUCUAUCAUCGAAGGCCGCAAAUUAGCCCAAGCGGAAUGCGCCCCAGACGAGAUGCCGCUUAUAGUCUUCAUCGGCGACGGCGUCUCCGACCUCGCCGCCGCCCGCGAAGCGGACGUUCUCUUCGCGCGGCGCGGCCUCCGCCUCGAAGAAUAUUGCCGAGAACAGAAUAUCCCCUUCAUCCCAUUCGAUACCUUCUCCGACAUCAAGCGCGAGAUUGAGGCUAUUUCCAACGAGGACCAGAAGAAGACUGGUGGAGUGGGUAAGCCCGUGCGGUACAAUCCUCGCGCGAAUAUGUGGCGGCGCAUCUCGAGUAAGGAGGCUGUUCCGACGCUCAUGGCUGCUGCUACGCCUUCGCAGGAGGAGAAGAUGUUUCUUUGGCCCGAGACUUUUUCGGAUUAUAAGCAGCCGGCUACUAUUGCGGAGUGA